AUGCCUACUUUGAGAAACCGAGUUGUUUAUGUCAAAAAUCUCUCUGAACUGAAAGACCAGAUCGCAGAUAAUUCAAUCUGCUGCGUUCACUUUGCUACGGAAUGGUGCCCGCCCUCGAAGGAUAUGGAAGCUGUGAUCAAUACUAUGGCCAGGGAUUUCGAAGACGAGGUAGUCUUUGUUCACUGCGAUCUCGAUCAGGUUGAUGAGAUUCUUUACGAAAUGCCUAUCAAGGCGCUCCCAACUGUGAUAAUCUUCCGGGACUCAAAGGGAAUCGGAAAAAUCGAAGGCAUGAAAGAACUUGUCAUCAGAGAUGUCUUGAAGAAAGCCCUUGUAUAG